CUGAAUGCGAUGUGAAUCAUUAUGGUGACCUGUGUGCAUUUGUGUGUAGCCUUACGUGUGCCUCUGCUGGUUGUGAAAGGCAAACUGGUGCUUGUUUUGGGUGUAAAGAACUAUCAGUUUAUGGCCCGUUUUGUAAUUUAACUUGCAGUAAUAACUGUACAGAUCUGCAAUGUUCACAAGAAGAUGGUUAUUGUUCACAUGGUUGUAUCCCUAAUCAUUAUGGUUCAAUGUGUGACAGCAUCUGUUCCGAGAACUGUGUAAAUACGACAACAGGAUCAAACUGCGACUCUUCUGGAAAGUGUAUCAGUGGAUGUCUUGACGGUUACAUAAGCGAUAUUUGUACGAAAGUGAAAGGGACAACUGCCGAGAACGGGAAAAGCGAUUCAAAGGUGUCGGCAGCUGCUAUUGGAGGAGCAGUUGCCGGUGUGUUGGUGUUUGUUGUGAUCAUCGUUCUGAUUGUUGUCUUCCUGAAAAGAAGAAGAAACAGUAAGCCGUAUGAAGAUCGAAUUGACGAAACUGAUCAUGAGUAUCACACAAUAAAUCCAUUGCAUGAAGUGAAGCAAGUUUCCAUGAAAGCAACAGCCGCACGCUCGUUAGCAACAAUAAACCCUAGUUACAACCAUGUUUCGGACACACUAAUGCUCGGUGCUGGCUUAGAAACAGCAGCGGGCGAUGAUGAUCUUGAAAUUGAUUUUGACGAAGAGAUAAAGUCCCAGAAAAGGAAACUGGUCAAGGAGGUUGAGGAGAACGUUUACUACAUCGGUAUACAGGACAUAGAGAAGCGGAAAGUGAAAGUGGAGGAAUUGGCGGCUUUUGUGGCUGGGAAGACUCUGGAUUACUAUGAGGAGGAAUUUGAUAAAUUCUCUGACGGUCUCACAAGGAGCUGUGACGCUGCCAAAUUACCUCAUAACAGGGCGAAGAACAGAUACAAGGGAUUAUAUGCAUAUGAUGCUACAAGGGUGAAAGUGACUGGUUUUGAUACUGAUUACAUCAAUGCUAACUUCAUCGAUGGUUUCAAUGAGAGAAAUGCGUACAUUGCUUCGCUUGGUCCAAUGUCGAAACAGAUGGGAGACUUUUGCAUGUUUUGGAAUAUGAUUUGGCAACAAAAGGUGGAAAAGAUUGUCAUGGUUACCAACCUGAUGGAGGAAGGGAAGGAGAAAUGCGAGCAGUACUGGCCCAAUGUCGGGACCACUUUGACCUACAGCGGGGUGGAGGUGACCUGUCAGAGCGAGGAUGAGUAUGCAGAGUUUACGAGAAGGUUGCUGCUCCUAAAUGAUGGUGAAUCUGAGAGGCAGCUGCACCACCUCCACUUCACGGCCUGGCCUGAUAGGGGAAUCCCAGAGGACGUAACAGCGCUGAUUGAGUUCCGACAAAGAGUGCUCAAUUCUACUGUUCAUCUCGACGGUCCAACGCUGGUUCAUUGCAGUGCGGGAAUCGGUCGAACAGGGACAUAUAUUGCGUUAGAUAUUCUAACAAAGGAAGGCAAUUCGAACAAGGCCGUGGAGAUUCCAGGAUGCAUCAUCAAUAUGAGACAGAACAGACCAAACAUGGUCCAGACAGCGGAACAGUACGAGUUUCUACACCUUGCAUUGGUUCACACCCUGACAUUUAACUGUGAGCAGAUACCAGGAAAACAGUUUCAGGACAACAUGAUCGAAACCAGCAAGGGCGCUCUUAUCAGGCAGUUUAAGAAAAUAACGGACAUCCCCCACGUUCACAAUGACGACGAAAUCGUUGCUAUAGAACGAAACAAGUCUGAGAAAGGAAGGAACAGAAGUGGAGCAGAUAUCCCAGGCGAUGAAUACCGCCCUCGACUUUAUCUGGGAAUAAGACAUGGAGAUUCAGACUAUGUCAACGCUGUCUUUGUUCAUGCGUUUCAGGCGAAACGGAAAUACAUUGUCGCCCAGUCACCGAUGCCAAAUACUGUACAGGACUUCCUGACUAUGGCAUACCAAGAAAAUUGCUCAUGCAUUGUCAGCUUUGAGCAAAGUGAUGGCAAAAAGGAUAUAGGUGAAUAUUAUCCAGCGGACAAUCAAGAACUCAAGAAAGGUCAACUGUCUAUUUCAUGUGGGAGGGAUAAGGUCAAAAACGAGUACAGUAUCCAGAAAUGGCUAACUAUUGAGUUCAAGGGAAGCACACAGAGUAAAGGUGGCAAAAGCACAUUGCGACACUUUGAGUUUACAGACUGGAGCCAGACUGGAAAUGUUCCACGCAACCCUGCUUAUUAUGUUGCAUUUCUGAGAGAUGUCAAAAUGGCAUCGUCCAAUGGGCCUGUGCUUGUCCACUGCAGGGAUGGGGGUAGUAAGAGCGGGCUGUUCUGUGUUAUGGCAUUACUCGCGGAGAAGAUGGAAGUAGAGCACGAGGUCAGCGUGCUUAACGCCGUCAGGAAGGUCAAGGCCAGGAGACCCAACGCCGUGCCCAAUCAGGCACAGUUCGACUUCUGCCAUGAUUGUGUUCUGGAGUUCGUUCGUUCGUUUAAAACAUACUACAGUUUCGGAGAAGAUAUACAGUGUGCCAUUGAAAGCAAUACUUAACUAUCUUGACUUCUUUUCUUGUCGUCACUUAUAUAUGUUUUUGUUUAUUCUAAAUUGCAUACCAUUGUUUAAAGUACGGGGCACUUUAAGUUACAUAUUAGCCCUUGUUACAAAAGCCAACAUUCCUGAACUAAAAUGAUUUUAAACAAAAUGGGGACUGCUAAAAUGGUAUCAACUCGAAAUACUUAUGUAAAAAUAUUUGUUUGAAUAUAAAGUUACAUCUAUACGUAAACUCGCUACUACUAUGAUGUACUUAUAUAAGAUCAAACAAAUUGCUCCGUUUGUUCUUCAUAUGAACAUUUCGUAUUUGGAAUUUCUAAAGCUGUAGUUAUACUUCUACCAGUACGGCUUGUUCUGUUAUUAUGUUCAAAAAUGUGUUAUAUUCAAACACACGUUCCUGCAUUCAUUUGAUUCAUGCUAAUUCUAAACAUCUGAGCGUCUUUUCUUUCUGUGUAAACUUGAAUGAAUGUUAAAGAACAUCUGCAACAUGUUGGUCAGUUUAUUCGUUAAUUGGAGUAUGAACAAAUGUACCUAUAUUGAAGAGAUGAGAUACAUUUUCUGUCUUGCUCAUAACUACCCAGGACGUACACAGUUUCGACUACGCCAAGGAUUGAUUCCGCUCAAGGGAUAGGCUCUAGCAUUGUAAAAACCUAUGUAAAACCGCCUUUUAACUGCCGCCUUGUUUCGCUAUUUUAGAUUAAAGACAUUUGGC